GUGGCCAAAUAAGCUGAUGUAUCAGUCGAAGAAGAAUAACUUUACCGGAGAAAUUGCAAUUGGCUUGUUAGUCGCAUUUGAAGAACACGACUUAUAAAUCCCAUUGGUCCCCUAACCGAACGAGACUUGUAUAUAAGUCGAUGGAAUAAGGAAGGUGUGAGGGCAGUGUUGGCUGCCAUGGAAGGAGCUCAAGAUCAACAACAGCAACAGCCGCCCAGGGCGGUGGAGGGCCUGAACCCCGCCGUUCAACAGCAACUGAACCUGGAAUCCGUCAAAACUCGAGCCAUUAGUCUCUUCAAGGCUAUUUCUCGCAUCCUCGAAGACUUCGACGCCAUCGCUCGCACCAAUGCUGUCCCCAAAUGGCAAGAUAUUCUGGGGCAAUUUUCUAUGGUGAAUCUCGAGCUUUUUAACAUUGUUGAAGAUAUUAAGAAGGUUUCCAAGGCUUUCGUUGUACACCCCAAGAAUGUAAAUGCUGAGAAUGCUGCAAUUCUACCUGUUAUGCUGUCAUCAAAGCUGCUGCCAGAGAUGGAAGUUGAAGAUAAUGCCAAAAGGGAGCAAUUACUACACAGCAUGCAAAACCUAUCAGUAGCAUCCCAAAUUGAGAAGUUGAAGCAGGUUAGAAUUGAUAUGAUUGGAGCAGCAUGUGAAAGUGCUGAGAAGGUCAUAGCUGAUACCCGCAAGGCCUACUUUGGAACCAGACAAGGGCCAACACUGCUUCCAACUAUUGACAAGGCACAAGCAGCAAAAAUUCAGGAACAAGAAAGUUUACUUCGAACCGCAGUAAAUCACGGUGAAGGGUUACGUGUACCUGGAGACCAAAGGCAUAUUACUUCUGCACUUCCUGGUCAUUUGGUAGAUGUGCUUACAAUCACUGACGGGCCCCAGUCUUUUGCUGAUUCAUCUGGCACUUAUCUGAAGAAUACUCCUCCCUUUUCAUCGAGCAAUGUCAAUAGUCAGGGAGCUUUGUUACAGGCUUCUGGAGCACUUCGAGCAGCGGCUUCUCCUAGUGGGACUACUUCCUUUGAUACUACAACAGCAUCCCCCUUGCCACAUGCCAACUCACCUAGGUCUAGUGCUAACAUGAUGAAUACACCAUCUCCUCAGCAGCAGAGCCUUCAGCAGCAGCAGCAACAACAGCAGCAGCAGCAACAACAGUUGCAGCAGCAGCAGCAGCAGCUCCAGCAGAGGCAGAAAAUAAUGCAGUUACCUCAGCAUCAACAGCAACUUCUUGCCCAGCAGCAGCUUAGGCAAGCCUCAAUGCCAGGACUGGGACAGCUGCAUGGUCAGCCUCAGAUGCAGUUCUCUCAGCCACUGGGAGCACAGCAGUUUCAGGGUAGGCAGCUAGCAUCUGGUGCCAUUCAUCAUGGUAUGGGUCAAAGUCAGCUCAACCAAGGAAAUCAGCUGAAUCGACAUCUAAACCAGUUUUCUAGUCCUAUGAAUACUGCACUAUUCAAUUCUGCCCAAAGUACACCUAACUCUCAGAUGAUCUCGAAUAUGUCAGCAAUGAUGACAUCGCAAACGCUUCUGCCAAGAACGCAGUUUGGAAUGUCUGGUGGAACUCGGAAUCUUGCUGCUGCAAACCUGAGUGAUCAAAUGUUCAAUAUGGGCGGAAACAAUCCUGGUAUAAUGCCAAUCCAACAACAGCAGCAGCAUGGCACAUUUGGAAACAUGUCGCAAAAUACACAGAAUCUGCAGCAGGGUAUGAUGCCUCUUCAGAACACACCUCAGACGCACCCUUCCUUUCAGCAACAAAGACCACAGGGCCAACAGUGAAGUGUCUAAAAUUAGAAGGAAGAGGAUAUGCAUACCAAACCUCUAACUUGUCCUAUUGUUGAGUACUGACCUUGAUACAGUAUUCCAAUGCCAGAUUGUUGCAGUAAAUUUUUAUUACGUAAAACAUAACAUCUGUUAAAAGAAGAUUGUAUAAUUACAUGCUUUGUACACUAUUCAGAACUAAAUGUAAAUCAGAAGGUCAUGCCAUCAGCACUUGCUAUUCCACAUCUUUCUUACA